CAUGGGAUAGGUGCUGCUGUGCUGUGCAGAGGUGCUGUCCCCCCCCUGUCCCAUCCAUUGGGUCAGGGAGCAACGCACAGCCCCAGCUCCUCUCUCCCCUCUCUGCUCACAGGGAGGGCUCUGCAGCCUCAGCGCUCGGUGCCAGAUCCCGCUCCAACAGCUGUAUGUUCUCCAGCAUGAGUCAUCCCACCCUGAGCUCUCAGCCUCUCCAUAACAACAUUCCUUCUCUCUGAUCUAAGAUCCUGGCUGUGAUCAGUCUCUGUCUCCUUCUCCUUCCUCCGGCCACACGGUUCCCGUGCCCAACUGAGGCAGCACAGAGCCAGAAUGCUGUGCCAGGACCACCGGCCCCCAGCACCUGAAAGAAGGUGGACUGCAGUUCCCUUCCCUCUCCUAUACCAAGAGCGAGGUGCCCAACUACCACGAGAUCUACGUUUUUUUUUCCCCUCUCAGACAGUGACACUGAUUUACUUUUCUUAUUGUCUUUUUGCUGUUCCUCCCCAUUUCUGUAGCAGUGCUCCAAGCUCUGGUCCUACUCAUCUCCCACCCCACCCCACACAACUCCUCCCUGAGGUCCUCCUUCUCUAUUCCUGGUGCCCCUUUGCCCCCUCUGCAUUACUUUCUCCUCUUCUCUCCACUCCUCCGGGUGUUAUUGCACUUUGGGUGAGAAGGAGGAGGUGUUGGGACAACGGGAACACCCACCUCCCUGUGUCCUCUGUGCCUCCUUCCCGCAUCCUCAGUCAUGUUUGUGGUGUUAAUGGCACUCGGGGUGUCAGGGGGUGAUCUGGAUUUGGAACACUGCAGCGGAGCAGACUCCAGUGCUCCAUCUGGGAGGGAUGGAGCACAGUGCCUCUCUGCCAGCUCGUGCUCCUGGAGCUGAGCUCUCGUCGCUUCCAGCUCCACUUCCUUGGCUGGCUCCACCUGGCACAGGUACAGCCUGGGGAUGGAAGUCAAAUUUUGCUCAAAAGCAUUAAUUUCUCCUCAAGGAGAGCCCGGAUGUUUUCCGGUGAUAGGAAAGGGCGAACAGGCUGGAAUCCUCCUUGGGAUGCUGCAGUAGCAGGGUGCAGGAUAAGCUCCCCAACUCAGUGGGACGGUUGUGAACUUGUAGCUGCAGCCCCAUCCCAGCCCUCCCUGCUCCAGUUUCCCCAGUGCUGCUUUACCUGAGCCUCACAGUGGGGCUGGGGGGGACAUCACCACCUCUGCAGCACAGCCCAGAGUGGGGGUUCUCUCUCUCUUGUCGUUGGGCCCCUGGCUGAUGUUCCCCUGCAGGACAUGGGUGCACAUCCUGAGAACUCUAAAACCCUUUGCUGGGCAAUGCAAUAAAACCAAGUGGAUGGCGUUUGCAUUUGCUUACAGGCCAUGGGAUGCUGCUGGUGGCUCAAAGACACACAGGGAACUGUGGAGCCGUAUUUUGUGGAGUAAGCAUGGAUCUCAUUUGGUGCUCUUAGAUUUAUCCCAACCGUGGUGAAGAAGGGGAGUGCGAGUUGGGUACGUUUGUAUUAACCCCUGCCGAAUGCAAAUGGCACCGGAGCGGAAUGGAGCUGAAUGUGUGCAGCACUGAUGUGUUGUGUGGUGUUGUGUGAGUGUGUGGGUGACACUGAGUGCGUGGCUUUAAGCAGUGCCUGCUGGGGGAUGGCUGAAAAGUGAACUUAGAGCAGUGCUUUUAUUCCAACAGAUGCACUCUACGACCGUAUGGUUGGAAGGGAGAAAGCAAAGCGUGGAGCAGAGGGUCUCGCUGCUAUAGCCUCAUUCCCAGCGCAGGCUGACCGGGCAGGGCCGGGACUUUGUGCAUCUCGUGGGAUACGAGCAGGAUGAAGGGCUCCUUCCCGGGGCUCGCCGUUCUCUGGCUGCAAUCCUGCGGCCCUGGGGUCAGUGCUGCAGGACGGGGGUCGCGAAACCCCCCCGGUGCCGCAGCGGCGCUGCGCGAAGCGGCAGCAACUUCUCGUUUUCCCCCCGGUCGGGUCGGGGCACGGUCUCUUCUCGCUCUUCCCUCCGCCCUCCUCCUCCUCCUCCUCCUCCUCCUCCCUGGCGAUGCUCCGGGCCCCGCGCUCCGCCUCCCCGCGGGGCCGCGGGCGGAGGGCGGGGAGGGGACCCGGCGCCGGGCGGGACGCGCUGCCGCCCCGAGCCGAGCCGAGCCGCGCCGAAGCGAGCGGAGCCGCGCCGCUCCGCAGCCCCUCCAUGGCCCCGACCCCCAGAGCUCGGCGGCCCGGGAGGAGCGGCCCCGGCGGGAGGCGGCCGCCGGAAGAGCAGCCAAGGCAGCGACGAUGACUGCCGAGAGCACCGAACCCAAUGGCCCCAUGCGGGAGCCGACGGUGGGGGGCACAAAGCCGUCAGCCCCCCCUGCCCCACCGCGGCGCCGAGGCCGUAGGCUACGGCGAAAGUCACUGCCGGAGGUGGCAGUGAAGGGACAGCUUCGCAUGCGCUCACCGUCAGGAGCCUUCGUCAUGGUGGGCAUCUCGGUGGUCUUGGUGGGCAUGACCAUUGCCGUGGUGGGCUACUGGCCCCACCGGGGGCACGGGGGCGCUGGGGCUGGAGCGGGGAACGCCAGCACAGCGGGGGACAUGAGGAGGGAGGUGGUUGCUGGGCGCCCCACGCCCCACAAUGAGAAGCUGAAGCUGAUCGGCCCCGUCAUCAUGGGCAUCGGGCUCUUCAUCUUCAUCUGCGCCAACACCAUGCUCUACGAGAACAGGGACAUGGAGACCCGCAUGCUGAUGCAGAAAGGUCUCUACUGCAUGGCCACGGAUCUCCCCAAGGACAGCAGCCCCAAGGAUGAGGACACCCAACCGGCACCCAAGGCCAGCCCUGAGCGCUUGGAGGGCUGCGACGAGGUGGACCUGUCCUUGGGCAGCAAGUGGGCCGAUGGCUUUGGCCCCAACAGGCUGCAGACCACGGCUGAGCUCAUGCAGUGCCCAGGGGCGUCCCCAGCAGCCUCCCUCCUCAGCCUCCACUCGGAGGCGAACCUCGGGCUCUCCACCACUGUCGGGGCCUUGGCGUUGCCCAUCAUCAAGCUCAACAACCGCUUGCUGGAUGCCGCCUCACGGGGGGCCAGCGGGAUGACGGAGGGAACCCACCCCCCUGCUGAAGUCCCAGCGCCCUCCCGGGCCCUGCUGUCCCCCAGCAGCAGCAGCAGCGUUGCACCUCGGGGCCUGGAGCACCGCAGCGGCCAUGUCGUCGUCAACAUGGAGGAUGGUGGCCCCAUGGUGGAUGUAGGCCCCGACGCUCAGCCCCACAACCCGGGGCACUCCAAGUCCCUGGACCUGGGCCGGCCGGCGGUGCUGCUGGUGGCUCCCAUCAAGGACCGUAAAAACCGGAGUUGGCCCCGGCUUGACCACGUCAACGCGGUGGCUUAUGCCAAACUGGAGAACUGGGGCGAGUCCUUGGACCGGCUACUGGAGACCAACGGGACACCACACCAUGCUGAGCCCCGGCCCAGCUCCUGGGUGGUGGGCAUGGAGGGGGGCUCACGGGUCUGACAGCCCUGGGGUUGAGGGUUUGAAGCGGACUUUUGAUGCUGAGAGGUCCUCGAGCCUCGGGGGCUCCUGGGUUGGGACCUUUGCUCCUCCUCGCCUGCCUCCUCUUCCUCACCACCUGCCCUGGGGAUGCUCUCAGCCUUACAAAGCCCCUCUGCUGGCAGUUUUCCUGGAGGAGCCCUCACCUGUAGACCCAACGUGGACCAUGGCAUGGGGUCGGGGUGAGCAAAGCACAGAUGGGUCCCCUUGCCCAACCCGAAGGGAAAUUUGCUUGAGCAGAGCCUGACAGGGCCAUUAAACGUUACCUUGAUGCCA